GGUAGGGAACUCUAGCAACCUUGUCGUCAAUGAUUGGGGAGGACCCGGAGAGGUCCCACUUCAGCAUGAAGGAGUCGGGGAGGGGCUCUAUGACACGUGUGUGUUGAAGUCGUCAUCAGAGGAAUUCUCGAAGUUCUCUUGCGAAGAUGGUGGGGAUAGUUUGACAGCCGAGAAAAAUUCAUGUGGCAGAGAAGGCUUCGCAACGUGGCUCUUCCACCACGGUGAAGUGAAACUUCGUUUUUUUGACAUCUACAGCAAUAAUCUUAUGCAUAAAGUCCGGACUUGAUGUGGAGAUUAGGAUUCGGGAUGAAUCAAGCUUGAGCUUUUUCGCUGUUCAGAGAUCUAAGGAAAUGAACUCUUCGCAGAUGGUUGGUUAGCUCCACCUGAAAUAUAGGUUCCAUUUGGUAAUCCGGGGCAUAUGUCAAAUGAGUUAGUGUUUUUCGCAGGGUCGCGGUUUGUUUGUCUGCUGGGAGGCCAAGUAUAAUCAUUCUGCAACCUUGGCUCUUGAGGAUUAAAAGCGUCUGCUUCUUAUGGGUAGGUGGUUUGCCAGAAGAGAGGUUGAGUUCUUGGAUUCGUAUUGUUUUGCCUUGCAUAUCCAGCUCUAGAAGGGUUUUGUUUGUGUAAGACAAUGAAGAUUAGUGAGAAGAGCAAUAUGGCUGGGUUGGUGCUGUGGUGUAUUCUUCUUUUAAUAGGUCUGAAUACUGUUAACACUUUAUCCUACGAUUACACUGCUUCGAUCGAGUGUUUGGCAAGUCCUCAAAGACCUCAAUAUAAUGGAGGAGUCAUUCGAAACCCAGAGCUGAAUGAAGGGUUGAAGGGAUGGUCUACGUUUGGAGAUGCUAAAAUAGAGCACAGGAAAUUGGGAAACAACAACUUCAUUGUAGCUAAUUCCAGAGUUCACUCCUACGAUAGUGUCUCACAGAAUCUUUACCUGCAAAAGAACAAAAUCUACACUUUCUCUGCCUGGAUUCAAGUGAGUAAGGGAAGAAUUCCAGUAUCAGCUGUUUUCAAGACUCAAACAGGGUACGUACAUGCUGGUGCUAUUUUUGCCGAGUCCAAUUGCUGGUCCAUGCUUAAGGGUGGCCUCGCUGUUGAUGCCUCAGGCCCUGCUCAACUUUAUUUCGAGAGUAACAACACAUUGAUUGACAUAUGGGUGGAUAGCAUCUCAUUACAACCCUUCACCAAAAAGCAAUGGAUGUCUCAUCAAGAUCAAGCCAUCGAAAAGACCCGAAAGACUAAGGUAAGGAUCCAGGCAGUGGAUAGUCAAGGAAAACCCUUAUCUAAUGCUAAUAUCUCAAUAAAACUAAAGAAAGCAAGUUUCCCAUUUGGCUGUGCUAUAAACAAAAAUAUCCUCUACAACAACGCCUAUCAAAAAUGGUUCACUUCCAGGUUCACAGUGACAGUAUUUGAGGAUGAAAUGAAGUGGUAUAGCACAGAACCCUCGCAGGGCAAAGUGGACUACUCAGUCCCUGACGCCAUGCUUCAGUUCGCCAAGAAGAACAAUGUAAUAGUCCGAGGCCACAAUGUGUUCUGGGAUGAUCCCAAGUAUCAGCAAGGAUGGAUCAAUUCACUCUCUCCUACCGAUCUUUCCAAGGCCACCACUGAGAGGAUCAACUCUAUCAUGUCAAGGUACAGAGGGCAAGUCAUUGGCUGGGAUGUUGUUAAUGAAAACCUGCACUUCAAUUUCUUUGAGAGAAAAUUAGGGCAAAAUGCUUCUGCAGUUUUCUAUAACUUGGCUCAGAAGAUUGAUGGAACUUCGACUUUGUUCUUGAACGACUAUAACACCAUUGAAGAUGGUAGAGAUGACGAUUCUACACCGGCUAAGUACCUGCAAAAGCUGAGAGAUAUUAAGGCAUUUCCUGGUAAUGGAAAUCUUAAAUUGGGGAUUGGACUUGAAUCCCAUUUCAGUAGUGCCGCUCCAAACCUUGCUUAUAUGAGGGCUUCCAUUGAUACACUUGCUGCUACCAAUUUCCCCAUUUGGCUCACAGAAGUAGAUGUUCAAAGCGGCCCCUAUCAGGCACAAUACUUGGAGCAGAUUCUAAGGGAGGGACACAGUCACCCGAAAGUGGCAGGAAUUGUGAUCUGGUCGGCCUGGAAACCGCAGGGAUGCUACAGGAUGUGUCUGACAGAUAACAAUUUCAAGAACUUGCCCACUGGUGAUGUAGUUGACAAGCUGUUGGCUCGGCGGAUUGCUGUCAAGUCCUUGGCUGGCAGGACGGAUGGAAAUGGCUUCUUUGAGGCGUCCCUUUCCCAUGGAGUUUACAGCGUGAAAAUUCAUCACCCUUCUGCAAAAAAAUUUUCUUUGGUUCAAAAGCUUAAUGUGGUCUCAAGCACUGGUGCAGCUAAUCCAACAUUGCUUAUGCGAUUUGCCACCUGAGUCUUUUCUUUGAUAGGUUGAGUCUAACGAUUUAUGAUUAUUUAAUUAAAUCAUGAAAUCUGAUUUUUUUACAAAAA